AUGGUGAGCGCGGCGGUGGUGGCCAUGGCCGUGCUGUUGCUGUCGUCGGUGGCGAUGUCGGUAUCGGGGCAGGCGGUGGCGACGUCGUGCACGGCGUCGCUGAUCAGCACGUUCACACCGUGCCUCAACUUCGUGACGGGGAGCACCAACGGCGGGGGCUCGCCGACGCAGCAGUGCUGCAGGGCGGUGGCCGGGGUGGUGCGCACCGCCGAGGACUGCGCGUGCCUCAUCCUCACCGGCAACGUGCCCUUCGGCCUCCCCAUCAACCGCACCCUCGCCAUCUCCCUCACCAGGAUCUGUAAAUCGCUCUCCGUCCCCCUCAAGUGCAGAGAUACGGCAGUACAAAUCCCAGCUGCAGGGCCUAUUGCGUUUGCUCCGGCACUUCCCCCUCUGCCACCGUUGCCCCCGGUAUCAUCGGUGGAUCCGCCAGCGACGUCGCCGGACGCGGCAGAGGUGGACGCGCCCCCGAUCACGCAGAGCCAGAGGCCGGUGGUGGUGCCCAGCUCGGCCUGGACGAGCGCUCGUGCGCUCUCGGCACCUGCAUCCGUUGUGCUGGUUGUCGUUUCAUCCGUUCUUGUUUUGAUCACAUAG